GAAAAUCUGGAAGCUGCCGAAGAUUCGAUUCGGAGUUGUUCGAAUUUGAGGAUUUUGUUUUUGGUAGAUCGGGCAGGCAUAGAGAUGGCAGUGAAGGUAGUCCUAAGUGGAAGAAUGUUGGGGAUGAUACUGAAAAGAAAGAAGAGAAAACAAGAGAAGAAGAAUUGGAGGAUGAGCAGAAGAAAUUGGAGGAGGAGAUGGAAAAACGGAGGAGAAGAGUACAAGAGUGGCAAGAGUUGAGGAGGAAAACGGAGGAAUCUGAGAGAGAAAAGCAAGGUGACGGGAAUGAUAAUGCACCCCAGGCCGGUAAGGCAUGGACUCUUGAAGGAGAAUCUGACGAUGAAGAAGCUCCUACAGAGGAAAAACCCGAAACAGAAAUGGACAUUGAUGGAGACACCAAACCUGGAGAUGUUGGAGAUGCCAUGUUGGUGGACUCUGAGAAUGGAACAGCUGCUGCCUCUCAAGGUGGAGGUGAUGGAUCAGAUGCUGAAGAGGAAAUUGAUCCUUUAGAUGCUUUUAUGAAUUCUAUGGUACUCCCUGAGGUUAAGAAGCUUAGCAAUACUGCCCCUCUCCCAAUAAUUGAAGAUGGUAAUGCGGACACUAAGAGAAAUGGCAAUCCAAAUGGUGAACAAUCGAAGAAAGGUUCUAAUAAGGCACUUGGUAGGAUUAUCCAAGGGGAAGAUUCUGAUUCUGAUUACGGAGAACCUGAGAAUGAGGAGGAGGAUCCGGCUUUAGAUGAAGACGAUGAGGAUUUCAUGAAGAGGGUAAAGAAGACAAAAGCAGAGAAACUAUCCCUCGUUGACCAUUCAAAGAUUGACUACGAACCUUUCCGGAAAAACUUUUAUACCGAAGUGAAGGAGAUAUCUAGGAUGACCCAAGAAGAAGUUAACGCUUACAGGAAGGAAUUGGAGUUAAAGGUACAUGGGAAGGAUGUGCCACGACCUGUGAAGUUCUGGCACCAGACUGGGCUUACCAGUAAAAUCCUGGAUACCAUAAAGAAGUUUAAUUUUGAAAAGCCUAUGCCUAUCCAGACACAGGCACUUCCGGUUAUAAUGAGCGGCCGAGACUGCAUUGGGAUUGCAAAAACUGGGUCAGGAAAAACCCUGGCUUUCGUAUUGCCAAUGAUCAGGCAUAUCAAAGAUCAGCCUCCUGUGGUUGCAGGGGAUGGGCCGAUCGGGCUCGUGAUGGCACCUACCAGGGAACUUGUCCAGCAGAUUCACAGUGAUAUCAAGAAGUUUACCAAGGUAAUGGGUAUAAGAUGCGUGCCUGUAUAUGGAGGAUCUGGGGUUGCCCAGCAAAUCAGUGAACUUAAGCGAGGGACUGAGAUUGUGGUAUGUACUCCUGGCAGGAUGAUUGAUAUUCUUUGCACAAGCGGUGGGAAGAUCACCAAUCUGCGGAGAGUCACCUACUUGGUUAUGGAUGAAGCUGAUCGUAUGUUUGAUAUGGGAUUUGAGCCUCAGAUAACUCGGAUCAUUCAAAACAUUCAACCGGAUAGGCAAACUGUGCUGUUUUCUGCCACUUUUCCACGUCAAGUUGAAGUUCUGGCCCGUAAAGUGUUGAACAAACCUGUAGAAAUACAGGUUGGUGGAAGGAGUGUCGUGAACAAGGACAUAGCUCAAUUAGUGGAAGUGAGGCCUGAGAGUGAAAGGUUUUGGAGGCUUUUAGAACUUCUUGGGGAAUGGUAUGAGAAAGGAAAAAUCUUGAUUUUUGUUCACUCACAGGAAAAAUGUGAUGCCUUGUUUAAGGAUUUGCUUAAACAUGGUUAUCCGUGUCUCUCUCUCCACGGGGCUAAGGAUCAGACUGAUCGUGAAUCCACAAUAUCUGAUUUUAAGAGCAAUGUCUGCAAUUUGUUGAUUGCAACAAGUGUUGCAGCCAGGGGUCUAGAUGUGAAAGAGCUGGAGUUGGUUGUAAACUUUGAUGCUCCAAACCACUACGAAGACUACGUCCACCGUGUUGGCAGGACAGGCAGGGCAGGACGAAAAGGUUGUGCUGUCACAUUUAUCUCUGAGGAUGAUGCAAGAUAUGCUCCGGAUCUCGUCAAGGCUCUGGAACUGUCUGAGCAGCCUGUUCCAGAUGAUCUGAAGGCACUGGCUGAUAGUUUCAUGGCGAAAGUGAAACAGGGUCUCGAGCAAGCCCAUGGAACAGGCUAUGGUGGUAGUGGAUUUAAAUUCAACGAAGAGGAGGAAGAAGUUAGGAAAGCAGCAAAGAAAGCACAAGCAAAGGAGUAUGGUUUCGAGGAAGAUAAAUCCGAUUCAGAAGACGAGGAUGACGUUGUACGAAAGGCGGGUGGUGAUAAUAUCUCACAGCAGACAGCUACUCUUGCUCAGAUAGCCGCCCUAGCUGCCGCUAAAGUUACCGCUCCUGUGACCGCUGGCCAAUUGCUGCCAAACGGGGUCGGGCUUGCUGCUCUGCCCGGUGUCCUUCCGGUUCCUGGUGUGUCCAUAAUGGAUGUAAUGGAUAAUGGAUCUAGUAUAAUGGAUAAUGGAUGA